AUGGACAAAGGAAAUCACAUUCGAACGCCGUGCUUUCGCGCAUCUCAACUUCGAAGCUUUUGUUUGAUCGCUUUCUUAUUAUGUCAAUCGUUUCAAUCUGUCGUUUCACUACCAACAAUUGCUUCUGAUGUGGAGGUAGCAUCCAAAAUCGCCACUGAGCCUGUCAUGGAGCUCUCACAAUCUGAAAAAACUUCUGAAAAAGCGGUGAAAACCUUCUCAAGCGAUAAGGUUAAAGGACCACCCAAGACCAAAUGGGUCCCCUUGGAUAACUCUUACAGAGCACCCACGAAGAGUGUCAAAGAUCAACCACUUCCCACAGACGCUGACUCGGUGACAUCUAACGAAAUACCAUCCGCUUCUGAACGGCCGGGGGCUCCAUCAUUAUUAACCUGGACUCAGCAACACAGGGAUAUAGUACAACAACGGUUAAAUGGGAUCACCGCAAAAGGCCGGUUUGCUACUAACCGUGAAAUCAAUGAGAUGUUUUACGAAGCAGAAGCGGAGAUAACUAAUCCGUCUACCGCUCCAACUAUCUCAACGUAUACACCACCACACUGGACCAACAAGAUUCAAGCUAAUCCAUCUAUCGCUCCAACUAUCUCGACAUAUACACCACCACACUGGACCAACGAGAUUCAAUCUGGUAACUUGGAUCAUAUGGGUAACCAUCCUUCGUGGCAGACACUGGCAGUUGAUAAUCAUAAUCAAUUUGCAUCUCAAGGGCAUUAUCAAAAUCUGCACAACUUUCAUGAUGCGGGUCUCAAUCAGCCACCAUACUCAGCGCAGCACGUAGGGUCCGAUGGUUUGAACCAUUAUAUCCUGCCGGACGUCGCACACGCACAGUACGCUCAUCCAUACUCAUACGAACCAGCUCCAAGUUAUCAGGUAGCACGCAAGGAUGGCACAGGAUAUUUUUACCCGCAAUCCCAACAAUCGCACGAUGUACCACACUAUGGGCAUCACGCUGAUUCUGAACAAGUUUUAGAUCACAGCAAAGAAUGGGAAGAUCUUGGCGGUGAAAUUGAUAAGUAUCGUCACCAGGAAGGUUUUAAGGUAGAUGAUUUGCCUCAUAUUGAUGACAUCGUCAACCACAACGGUUUCAAGGUGCCUGCACCUCAUGAUUUCUAUUUCACUUCACCCCAUAAACCUGAAGUACCGAAUCCCUAUGAACAUACUGCUACAUCUUGGAAGAACCCGAAUUUGCCUGAGGAAAGCGAGACUGGGUUCUCUGAUAUUGACAAGGAUCCAAGAUUUCACCCUAAGAUUAAUAAUCACCAGCCUAUCGGAACCUCUAACGAUGGAGAUCAAAUGACUCGAUCAUCACGACCUCUCGGUCUGAAAUAUCCUGAAUUUGACUUUUUAUCUCCAAACCAAUAUCAUCAUGUCUGGCCUACUAAUGAAGCACCGAUCAUCAGUAAUAUGGAGAAACCAAGGCUUACCUACUCUCAAGUUCUAACAGCAUGA